AUGGGCGAUACGAAUGGGCAAGUAGUAGCUGGUGGCAAUGGUCAAGGAAACCGAUUGGAUCAAUUGGAUCGACCAACUGAUGUAUUGAUCGACAAACAGACAGAUAGUCUCAUUAUUUGCGAUCGAUGGAAUCGACGAGUCAUACGAUGGCCUCGUCGUAGUGGUACAAUUCAAGGAGAAAUCCUCAUCGACAACAUAGCUUGUUGGGGAUUGGCCAUGGAUAAUCAGAGAUAUCUCUACAUCUCUGACUACGUCAAAAAUGAAGUAAGACGAUAUGAAAUAGGAGAAAAAAAUGGAACUCUUGUGGCUGGUGGCAAUGGCAGAGGUGCUGGUCUCAAUCAACUCAACGACCCGAGCUACAUCUUUGUCGAUCAACAACAGACUGUCUACGUGUCAGACUACUACAAUCAUCGUGUAAUGAAAUGGAAUAAAGGUGCAAAAGAAGGAAUUGUCGUCGCUGGAGGUCAAGAUGAAGGGGAAGCUCUGACACAAUUGUCGUACCCUCAAGGACUGUUCGUCGAUACAUUGGGUACCAUCUAUGUAGCAGACUCGUAUAAUAAUCGAGUGAUGCGUUGGCCUAAAGGAGCGAAACAGGGCACUGUCAUUGUGGGUGGAAAUGGUUCCGGAGAAGGAGCAAAUCAGUUCAUCUAUCUCCGAGAUAACGCUGAUGAAUCCAUGUAUACAGUUAAUUUAACUAGUAAUCAAAUAACAACGUGGCAUUCUUCGUUCUUAUUACUUUCAUCAUCAAAAUAUGAUGACAGUUCAUUACUUGAUUUGCCCAUUAAAUACGACUAUUAA